CUAGAUUUAACCUGAAAAUCCAGUUUUCAAGGCUUACAUUCCAGUAACGGCAGUGUAAAAAAAAGAUGUGUACUUGAAUUUAACUGGCUGUUUUAGCGCAAUUGUUAAUAUAUUAUAACAGGCAGUUUGUAUAAUUACAUGCUGUACAUAUUUACUGAGCCUUUGUUAUUUUAUUUAUUGGGGAACAGGCAUAAAUUGUGGAUAGCUUAAUUAUAAUUGCAUUAAAUUUCUUUAGCAAAGUACGAGUAUGUUUAUAACACUUGUAAAUGUGCAGUGUAAACGCAUGAAAUCAGCAGACAGAUUUUGCGUAAUUGAUUAAUGUUCGUAUCAUGGCGUCGUUUGCGACUGUAAUUUGCUUCCUGUAAUUUUUUCGUAAGCCAAGACAAUUUAUAACAAACCGCCCUUCUCACAUGGAUCCCCGGCAGUCCAGCGAUAAACAGACUGUGGCAGGUCAUUCGGACAGCCGCAAGAAAUUUGUUGACCUGGUCAGUAAUGACGUCAGUGAUCAGCCAAGCGACGCCCACCAGUCUGUCACUAUCGACCAGCUGGGCAUGCUGGAUGCGGCGGAUCUCCAGGAUCCGUAUCUGAAGGAACUCCUCGAUGUUCUGGAUCGUGUGGAGAAUGAAGGUGAACCAUAUUUGGAGAAAUUGAUCGUGCAAGCGGGACUAGAACUUUCGUCGCCGUCUGAGGCUGAAAGCGAUAAGAAGCGGCAGAAAGAUGACAAAUACUCCCGCUUGCGGCUGGCCCGAUCGAAAGGUCACGUCCGCAAAGAUUCGCCCCGGCAGACCAAACUGGGCCGUGUCCAGCCGGCAUCCGAGGAUAACUAUCGGGGACUGUAUGGGACGUAUGAGGAGGCCGGGGGCACGAUCUCGCCCGAAGAAACACCCACCGAUUCAUCCACAACGUCCACGGAGAGCUUAGUGGAAAGCUUGGCUGAAAUGAUUGCCAAAGGUGAGCCGCCGAUCGUAAAGCCCGAUGCGGAGUUAACCACGUACGGCACCCGCAUCAUUCCCUACGGUUCCUUCGUCGGAGGCGAGACAGAUGCCGGUCUGACCAAACCCACCAAAUCCGACGCCCUCCUGCGUUCCACCAAGCCCGGUGAUGCACUGGAUCUCGAUGACGAAGAGACGGAAGCCGCUCACGAGGCGGAGUGCGUCGAAGUAGACUCGACGCCCAGCGUCACCUCUAUCCAGGAGUCGGAGGAUUAUUACGAUGAAGGGAAGUUGGGAGUGGAGGAUGCCGGGGAGACCGCGCCGGAAAUGGUGCUGGUGGCGCCGUCGGAUGACGAGGAUCUGCCGCCGCCGCCGCAUUAUUAUGAGUAUACGCAGAAGGAGAGUCAGUGCCUGGCCAUCGUCAGUAACUUUCGACGACAAUUUACCGACGCCUAUCCCGACCGGAAGCCGCUGUUUUUGACGCCUGUUAAUGAAGUUGGCGUACCGCGAUUUGUCUGCACAACCAUCCGUCCGACCAUAUUCAGUUAUCACGAUCUCUUCCAAUGGGAUGGGAUUGCCAGAUUUUUCGCCUACCAGCUGGAAUACAUCUUCCUCAACCCGCCCGAUAUUCCGCCGACCGUCGUCAUGUCCCCGAGUUUUGUGUUGCGGGAGCGACAAGGCAACUGUUUCGACUACUGCUUCCUACUGGCGUCGGUACUGAUCGGUGUGGGCUACGACGCGUACAUCGUCGUCGGUUACGCCAGCGCAGCUAUCUGUACCGGCGACGAGAGCCACCGGGUGUGUCCCUGUGUACCACAGGAACCGCUGCCCACGAUCAUUCCGCAGUACGAACAGGAUUUUGAUUUUGCUGAUCUGCAUUCGGAAAUUGCCUGUGAAGUGUUUAAGGAUACGAUCAACCGGCAGAGAGCGGCGCGCAUUAAGGAGCGCAAUGCCAACAUUAAAGGCCUCGCGGAGUUGUUGGCCAACGAGAAAGAACGCGCCGGUCCGCAGCCCGACGUGGACAACGAGGAGAAUCCAGAGACGGAUCCGUAUUUCCACCGGCGCGUCCACGCCUGGAUCGUGAUUGUUCCCGGGAAGCGUGACAUUGCCGAUGCGUUCUUCAUUGAACCGCUGACCGGCACCGCCUUCCCGGCCACCCACUCGGAAUUCUACGACAUUGAGAGCAUCUUCAAUCACCGUCAGUACUAUGUCAACAUGCAACCGCGGCCGACGGGGGAACAGCUACUCAGCUGGGAUGUCAGCGAUAUCCAGAAAUGGGAGCCGGUGUUCCGGGAGACAGCAGCCGACGCCGGAAAGGGGUCCGCUAGUAUUACUGAUGGGACCACGGAUUCCGAAGACUUAUUGGCCACAGUGGGAUGUAAACUUUUCGCCGAAGACAUCCAGGGCGCUCCGUCGCAGUGCCAGGUGGCAGCAUGGCCGUUUCGCGGUUUCGAGAUGCCGCGACCGUGGAGUGAGCCGCUAGUGAUUUCUCGGCGACGAUAUUUACGGUAUUGUAAGAAUGGAUACCGUCUGCAUCGCUACCUGAAAUGCGAUAUGGAAUAUUAUCAUCAGUACGAACGGAAAGAUGGACUGGUCAAUAAGUUUAUCAUCUUCAGCAACCGCAAGAAAACGCACAUUAUGGAAGUAAAGGAAUUGUACGAAAACCGGCGUGACCGUCUGAAAUAUCGUAAACACACGAUCCGCGACGGUAUACUCCGGGAAUACUUUGCACCCGGCCACACCAAAGCCAUCCGCAUGCACGACGUCCAAAUCCACUCGGAAAAACCGCCAAAAUUCAGUGAACUGUACCGGUCCAUUAACACCUAUGACGUCCACGAGAACACCCUCCGCAUGAUGACCUAUUACCACCAGUACCGUAACGACGGCCUGGAACGUCUGGAACAACGCUCCGACGGCAUCCACUGGUUUUACCGGGGUCGUCGGGAUCGUCUGGUGGAGCGUUAUAUCAGCUACGGCACCCAAAUUGACCGUUCGUACGCCGUGGAAGCAUUGAAGUGCAAAGGGGAUCAGCGUCCGGUGGCGGUGGUGCGGGAGAAGUUUGACCGGGAUCCGCAGUGUCAGGAUCCGGAUGUGGAUAUCUAUAUUCGGGAGUAUCAUGUCGGGGAGAAUAAGCUGUUGCUGGUGUUUCAGCCGGGGAAAGAUCUGGUGACCAGUACACAGCGCCGGUUUAUUCUGCCGGAUUUUAGUGAGACGCCGCAAGCCGGGUCGGAGUUGCCGGCGGGAUAUCUGCGGAUGAACGAGGAUGUUAUGAUGGCUGUUUUCCGUGACCAGCUGAAGGAAGAGAAACGUGUACCUAUCGAUAUCUGGGACGAAAUGGUCCACCAUUACAAGCAAUCCCUCAACGCCAUCAUCAGCGUGCGCCGGUCCGAGGACGACUUCCACGACGAGAUCAAUCAGCGUAUUGAAGAGGAACAAGACCCGGCAUUGUGGCACUCCAUCUACGACAUUGAGCGGCACCCGCGGGCCGCCGCCGUCCUACGCAAAACCGAACAAGCCUCCAUCGCGCCGCAGCCGAAGAAAGAAGAAUCCCAACCCACCUUCGACCCGACAACCUUCGACUGGGCGGCGCCCUACAUGGCCGCUUACGGCGACAACCAGAUCGCUUCCGUGGACGACGCACUGGCCAUCCGCCAAGCGGUACUCGAAGACAUCAAAGAGCGUCUCCUCUACACCGCCAACUCGUUGCAAAAGAAUCAUGAAGAUGAAUUUCAUAAACUGCAGAUCCUAAACGAGAAAUUCCGCAAAGCCCAGGUCACCGGCGAAGUGACCCCGAAAGAGUACACUCUAUAUGAGAACGAGAAGAGUGCCAUCCAGUUCCGGAUGCAUCUGCUGGAGCGCCGGCAGGAGUUGCUGCAGUACCAUGGACCGGCCAAGUUGAAGCGGGCCAAUGAGUGGUUGCUGCGCGAUCCGCGUUUUGCGGACUGGUUGCGGGGCAUGCAUCUGGAGACACGCGAGCAGGUGAUUGAUGGGGAUCUGCGGGGGAAGGGGAAGGGUACCGGAAAGGGGAAGAAGGAGUGGAAGGUGGAUUCGGAUGAAGGCGAGGUGGAGGUGCAGUCCUGGGAGGGGACGAAGGAUGGUGGGCGCAGCUCUAGUAUGGGUCACAAACGAUGAUGAGCGAAGCCACAACACUCCAACAGAUUGUUAAAGUUAGUUACAGCACAUAAUCUUCCCGAAACAUUUUUUUUGCUACAUUUGCUUUCAACCCAUGUGUUAGUUCUUUUAGAAGAAGUAUUCAUCGGCUGCCUCUUUUUUUCUACUUCUUAAAGUGUUUCUAAGUUAACUAAGCAUUUGCAUUCUGUGGAUAAAAGAAAGAUCAA